GAAUCUUCUACAUAACAUCUUCACUACUGUGACUUUCUUCUAUCUCUAAGAAGCAGCAGAAGAAAAUGGAGAAAGGGGGGAAGAAAUGGAUCAUUAGAGGGAAUGACAAACUUAAAGUGGGUACGGAAAAUACAAUCAGAGGAUUGCUUGAAGUUAUGAAUAGUAAUUUGAAUGUAAAUGAUGAAAGACCAAUUAUUCCUCUUGGUCAUGGAGAUCCCUCUCCUUUCACUUGUUUUAGGACUACCCAUAUUGUUGAUGAUGCCCUAAAUACUGCUAUUCAGUCUGCUAAGUUCAAUUCUUAUCCUCCACCUGCUGGAAUCCCCACAGCUAGAAGAUCAAUUGCUGAACACUUAUCGCGUGAUCUCCCUUAUAAGUUAUCAACUGAGGAUGUUUUUCUCACAAGCGGUUGUCGGCAGGCAAUUGAAAUCAUAACAACUGUCUUAGCUUGUCCUGGUGGAAACAUAUUGAUUCCAAAACCAGGGUACCCACAUUAUGACGCAUGUGCCGUUUUUCACAAUCUUGAAGUGAGGCAUUUUGAUCUUCUUCCAGAGAAGGCUUGGGAGGUUGAUCUUGAUGCUGUCGAGGCUCUCGCAGAUGAGAAUACUGUUGCAAUUGUAAUUAUAAACCCUGGAAAUCCAUGUGGCAAUGUUUACACGUAUGAGCAUUUGAAGAAGGUGGCUGAAACGGCAAAAAGGCUUGGAAUCCCUGUAAUUGCUGAUGAAGUGUAUGCCCAUCUCAUCUUUGGGAGUAACCCUUUCGUGCCGAUGGGAGUAUUUGGAUCCACAGUUCCUAUUUUUACUCUUGGGUCUAUAUCGAAGAGAUGGAUAGUGCCUGGUUUACGACUUGGUUGGCUUGUCAUUACUGACCCAAGUGGAUUUCUGAAAGACACAGAGAUUGUUAGUCUCAUUAAGCAAUGUCUCAAUAUGUCCACUAGCCCGGCAUGCGUCAUUCAGGGAGCACUUCCUCAAAUCCUCGAGAAUACAAAAGAGGAUUUCUUUGAAAAUAUUAUUAGUUUGCUUUGUCAAGCUAUUGAUAUCUGCUAUGAAGAAAUAAAGGAGAUUGCUUGCAUUACUUUGCUCCCCAGACCAGAAGGAUCCAUGUUUCUCAUGGUAAAGCUGAAUACAGUACUUCUGGAAGACAUUUCUGAUGAUAUGGACUUCUGCUUCAAGCUGGCAAAAGAGGAAUCUGUUAUUGUUCUUCCAGGAGCUGUGUUGGGUUUAGAAAAUUGGCUCCGAAUAACCUUUUCAAUUGAUCUUGCUUCUCUUAAAGAUGGGUUGCAGAGGAUGAAGAUGUUUUGUCGUAGGCACGCCAAACAACAGUAAGUGAAAACAACACAUAAAUUCAUCAUCCUCGAGUUAUCGGAUUGAUCAUGUUACGGGUUUACUCUCUACUCUGAAUUGUCUCUAUUGCUUUUUUAUUACUGUUGUAAAAUUUUAUGUGCUCAAUCGUAGCAGUUGGAACUUUUUAGAUAUUGUGAUCCGAACAAAGUCUAUAUCUAUUGUUCACAAAUUCAGUGCCUGUAGUUUAUCUCUGCAAGUUGGUCUUCUUUCCGAGUUUGUGCACGCCUUGUAACGAGUGUUCACAUGACAUUUAUAGUUAUGUAACGAGGGACGAGAUUCUUUGAAGGGUUAAAAUUGAAUGGGUUAUUCCUAACA